AAGAAAUCCCGUUGGCAUUUCGGUAGGUCUCCAGAGGCCAAGACCGUGUUGUCAUGCAAAAGGAACCAAUUUCUAGGAGUGGAUCAUAUCAACACCAGUUAAAAGGCUUCUGCUCGACUCAAUCAAGACGCGUGAGAGCUGGCAAGUGUAAGGGGCCCCGGAGAAAGGUCAGGACAGGCUGGAAAAAACAAAGGGGAAAAACUGUCUGCAACCGACAACAUGAAAUUUUCAAAAUGCUUCUGAGCCACUGUGUUUAGCAAGCUUGUGUUCAAUGUCAAAAAGCUGCCCAAUCACUGUCAAUUAUAAACCUGCCUAUGCAAACAUUGGUGGGGAAACAUGUAAAUUUCCCCCCUCACUCCUAAGAAUUUUCCAAAUAAACAUGGCAUGAUGGCAUUGAAGAACAAAGAUUUUUUAUCUUGUGACAACUAAUCCUGCUCAACUCCCAAAAAUGUGUGUGACCCCAAAGGCAUGGCUGACCCUCUGCCUCUGCAUGCUGGUGUAUUCAUCUGCUGUGGCCGAUCCCCUUGGACACAUGAUGCCUCUUGGCUCGCACCAACCCAAGGAGGGAGAUGUAGAGUCCAGAGAUGACAUGCCUAGUCCUUCUGAAUUUUACCACAAUUAUGUGCUAGCUUCUAAACCCGUCAUCUUUCGAGGAGCUGCUAAAUCUUCCAAGGGGUUCAAUCUUUGGACAGAUGCCUAUCUCAGGAAAAAGUAUGGUCAUGAGAUUGUGAGAGUGGACUAUGGAAAGAAAGAGAAUCGUGCCCGUUCAGCAGAUGACAUGCCUUUAGAAGAGUUUCUUGACAUCUACAACUCAUCUGAGCGAUAUCUGGUAGACACUUUGCCAGAAAGAAUGUGGGAAGAAUUCUCCCUGCCAGAAUGCCUUCUUUGUGGAGGAUUCACACAUGCCUUACAGGAUUCUGUGCUAUGGUUUAGUAGUGGAGGCACAAAGUCACAUCUCCACAAUGAUAAGGUGGAGAACAUAAACUGCCUUUUCAGUGGAGAGAAAGUAUGGUUCUUCGUUGAUCAGAUACACAGUCAGGAUAUUAAUAUGGAUCAUAAAGAAGGUGACUACUGCAGUGCAAAUGUCGACAAGGUGGAUAUGUACCAAUAUCCCUUCCUUCAGCAUAUCCCAUGGUGGCAGGCUCACAUGCAUGCUGGAGACUGCAUGUAUGUACCAUAUGGCUGGGCACACCAGGUGACGUCUUCCUCCAGGAAUGUAGCAGUUAACAUUUGGUGGUCGCCUGGUAUUAAAUUCAACCCUGCAGACUGCCAAGAUAAGAAACAACCAGAACUUAGCAAUUACAAGUUCACAUAUGGAGUAAUGCUUAAGUUCCAGGCUGUACAGGUAAUCGAACGUUAUGGAGGGAGUAUCAAUUUCCAUCAAAUCAAUCCAGUCAUAGUACAUGAACAUACUGGGGAUAUGCUUAUUACAAGAGAGCACUUUGCUCUUCUUGACACUGAUGGUAAUGGCCAAUUGACUGCAACGGAAGUAAACAGUCUGUCACCAUCUGUAGUAGAAGAGGCAUUUGGACACACCCCACCAGGCGAGGUGAAUUUAGUCGGAAGGUCGCGCCCAAGGGAUCAGGAACUUUUAGAUAUUCUAGCGAGUCUUCCAAAGCAGCCUCCCCAUGUGGAAGAAUUUCUGCUUCGCUAUGAAAAGACGGAGGAUGAGAUAGAACAGUUUCUAAGUGAGAACGAGCUACCCUCGCAACUAAGGGCAUAUGUCCAUAGCAGACUUGAACAGAUGCAUUCUGCACCGCUACACCAGGAGUUGUGAGAAAACGGAUUGAAUGGAAUAUGCCCAGUGUCACAUCAAGUGUGAUAUAUUCUUUAAAAUAAUGCUUUUGCCAAUUUGAAUGUAAUGCAGUAAAUUAUUCAUUAUUUUUAUAUGGGACAAAAUGGAGGAUUAUAUUGUUAAAGGAUGGAAUAGUUGAGUUUCUUAAAUAUUACUCAAAUUGUGGUAUCGGGGCAAGCCUCUGGCUAUGAUAGUACGCAACCAACCUUUAGACCAAAACCAAAUAAAUAGGUUUAAAUCGGUAUAAGCGCAUGUUGUGAAUGUGCAACACAAUUCACAAGCCCCUGGCUAUCAGAGCACGUGUGGCUCGUAGGAUUUAAAUGUAAGCUACAUAUUUACAGUAGGUUAUAGAGAAAAGUACCAGAGAACAUUUUUAUGAAAGAUGUUUAUGAAUUGAAGUGUGAUACAUUUGUUGCCCUCCGUAAAAAACAAACAAACAAAAAAAAAACAUUCAAAUUACAAAAUAAUCAAUAAUCAAUAAAAAAAAUAGAUAAUAUAUUUAUAGUGAAAUAGAUUGAAAACCCAAGUCCGAGGCUUGACAUUGGGAGAUUUGGGAGAUAGUGUAAGCGCAUUGCAGCUUUGAACUGGAUGGCCGCUUUUUCAAUUCUCCCGGAAUGUUGUUCCAUAGUUUCGUCGCUGUCAUCACUAGUAUUAUGGCUUAUACAUCACUUAGUAUCAUUACGGGUUACACAUCACUAGUAUUGUGGAUUAUAAUUCACUUGUAUUAUGGCUUAUACUUCACUAGUAUUAUAACUUCUACUUCACUAGUAUUAUGGCAUACACAGCACUAGUAUUAUGGCUUACUUUGUUAUUAUGGUCGCUUGUAUAAAAAUCACAGACUUCACAAAUUUGAGCCCCAAAAGAAAAGACAAAGCUUGUAGGUAAUUCUGUUACUCUGCAGUUUUCUUUAAAGUGAUAGAAUUCAGAGAACAAAUAGAAGGCUACAAGGCACAAAAGACAUAAAUUGGGAUGAGGAGCCAAACAGUGCUAAAACCUUAAUAGGAAAUUAUUGACUUUUCUUUUUUUAUAUGAUGCUAAUGACAUUACCCAUUGAUGUCCCAAACAUAAAAAUGAAUGAGAUGUACUUAGCGCUAGUACCCUUAGUAUAACAGAAAAUACUGGACACAAGAGGGAAAAUAAGCAAUAAAUGUAUCAAGACAACACCA